CCUCCCAGCCGCCCGGGUCCCGCUCUCCCCGCGCCGGAGGGACCCGCAUCCUCCCGGCUCCCUCCUCUCGGGUUGGAUUUACAUAGUGAUGUGUAAACUACAGGAUGCCCAGCAGCACUGGAAAGAGGUUUAAACCUACGAAAUACAUCCCGGUCUCCACAGCAGCUGCCUUAUUAGUGGGUUCGACUACUUUAUUUUUUGUUUUCACGUGCCCCUGGUUGACAAAAGCCAUCUCCCCAGCCAUCCCAGUGUACAAUGGACUCGUUUUCUUGUUUGUGCUGGCAAACUUCAGCAUGGCAACUUUCAUGGACCCUGGAGUUUUCCCACGAGCGGACGAGGAUGAGGAUAAGGACGACGACUUCCGUGCGCCGCUGUACAAGAACGUGGAGAUCAAAGGAAUCCAAGUACGGAUGAAGUGGUGCGCGACCUGCCACUUCUACCGCCCGCCCCGCUGCUCCCACUGCAGCGUCUGCGACAACUGCGUGGAGGAUUUUGACCAUCACUGCCCAUGGGUCAACAAUUGCAUAGGACGGAGGAACUACCGCUAUUUUUUUCUCUUCUUGCUGUCCUUAAGUACACACAUGGUUGGAGUGUUCACCUUUGGGCUCAUCUUCGUCCUGAACCACAUGGAAAAGCUGGGAGCAGCUCACACCACCAUCACAAUGGCUGUCAUGUGUGUGGCUGGGUUGUUCUUUAUCCCAGUCAUUGGUCUCACUGGCUUCCACAUUGUUCUGGUGGCCCGAGGGCGCACAACCAAUGAGCAGGUGACAGGGAAAUUCCGUGGGGGAGUGAAUCCUUUUACCCGCGGAUGCUGUGGAAACGUGGAACAUGUGCUCUGCAGCCCCUUGGCUCCCAGGUACGUGGUUGAGCCCAAGAAGAAGCAAGCUGUGAGUGUGAAGCCUCCCUUCCUGAGGCCAGACUUGUCCGAGCGACAGAUCACGGUGAAGAUCAGCGACAACGGCAUCCAAGCCAACCUCAACCGCAGCAAGUCUAAAAUCAGCCUGGAAGGCCUGGAGGAUAAGAGUAUGGAUGUGCAACCAACUCUCCCACCCAAAGGAGAUCCAAGCAAGUACUCUGAGCUAAAAGGGCAGCUGGGCACCAGUGAAGAAGGUGGCCUCUCACCCAAACUGAUCAGCCCUCCCACUCCUGCCAUGUACAAAUACCGCCCAGGUUUCAGCAACACCCCCAAAGUUCACUACCACGCCACGGCCGAGCAGAUCACCUUGCAGGAGGGACACAGUCAGGGGGCUCUGAUAGAAGAGGAUGGCAGAAGCCUUGAUUACCAGUCUGAACCCAGCUUGGACAUCCCCAGCUACCGGAAGAGCUCCCUGCACAAGACCUACCAGUCUUCCCCACUCCAGAUAGAUUCCUUUGCCAUCAAUUCACGAUCCCUGAGCCUGAAAUCUGCUGGCAGGAGAGGGACAGACAAAGUGCCCCUUCAUCCAAUGAAGUCCGAAGGAGCGGCUUCCACCCCUUACAAAAGCAUCUUUUCUCCCAAUUCCCUGUCAAACAGAAAUGGGAGUCUUUCCUAUGACAGUUUGCUGAACCCCAUGUCUCCCUCGGGGAGGAAGUGCAUUGCCCAUUCUGCAGUCAGCUCUGUUGGGUACCACUCCCCAUACUUGUCAGCCAAAAUGUGCCACCUGCAGGGCAGCGAGCUGCAGCGCCAGCCCCCGCAGAGCUUCAGCCCAGUGCUGGGCAGCCCGGCCCCGCAUCAGCGAGAGCCCUCCCCCGUGCGCUACGAUAACCUCUCCAAGACAAUUAUGGCAUCCAUCCAGGAGAGGAAAGAGAUGGAAGAGAGGGAGAAGCUCCUCCACUCGCACCCUGACUCGGUGUUUGCAGACUCAGGUGUCUAUGACACGCCCAGCUCCUACAGCCUGCAGCAAGUGAGCACGCUCUCGGAAGACCCGCGCAGCAUGGCCAUGAGAUACGGAUCCAGGGACAAUCUGAUGGCUGCCACCAGCUUUAGCACAAGGAACCCUGUACUGCAGUCCUCAGUGUCUUCACUCUCAAGUGCAAUGACAAGAGCCCCAAGGACUUCCACAACCUCUCUGCAAGCUGAUUUAGCCAAUAAUAACGUGCAGUCCCAUCAAGCACUGCAGGGCAGGGUGAGCAAUGGCUCCUACAAAUCCCCAGGCCACCAGGUCCCAUCGUCCCCCACAGGGAUGCCUAGGUCACCCUCUUACGGAGGCCCGAAGGCUGUGUCGUUUGUAAACACUGUGGAAAUCACAGAGGUGCAGUCAGUGGGAGCACAGAGGGAUGACAUGCAGUUGAAGACACCUCACAGUAAAAUAAAUGGACAGCCAAAAGGAAUAGCCAGGUUGGGUUCAACAUCAAGUUCCCAGGGGACACCAGUCAGCCCUGCUAGACACUCUAAUGUUAAGAAGGUGUCUGGAGUUGGUGGAACAACCUAUGAAAUUUCAGUGUAAAAUAAAAUGAAUUAAAAACAAAGAGCCAUCCACUCAGCCAGCCAUGAAGCUAGGAGCACUGUGAAGACUCAAACAACAACAAAGAAGGAGCAGCAGCAGUCGGCCACUCUCCUUUUCUUGUUUUGGGUUUGUUCUGUUUUCAUCUUUCUCUUUUGGCCAAAAACCAGCUGCAGCCUUAUUCUUGAAGGAAUAAUAAAAUUGUACAGUCUAUCAAACUCUUCCUGAACCGACAGGCAGGAACUGGCUACGACCUAAGACCACAGGGAGCGGAAUUCCUUCCUGCAAGAGAGCGCUAAAGCCAUUGUGCGCGUGUCUGUCCAACCACUCUGUUGUGCAGCUCUUGUGCUGUGAAACAGUUCAGUCAGCCAGGAUCAGUCAGUUCUCCCAUGCCCCUUCCCAGUUCUUCUGGCCAGCGAGGUGUCUGGCAGGAGCCAGAGGGCCGGCUGCUGUUUUCCUGCUGACAUGGAAAGUGGGGUUCCUGCACUGGGCAGGAGCUUCUCCUCGUUCCCCGGGCACUGCAGCUCAGGUUCCUCCUCCUGGGAAGGAACAAGGCAAGGCCACUUGGGCUGCAGACACCAUGUCUUCUUCAAAAGCCUCCCUGGUCCCAGAUGGGGGCAGGAGAAGGGAUAGCAACAGCUUCUCCCUGUCUGCCGUUGGCCUCCCUGUGUGUGAAGUUGUGUGUGUGUGUGUGCGUGUUUGUCUCCAUGGAAAAGGACCGCAACACCGGCGAGGAUCUGCCACUCUGACCUCCUGCUCCCUCUGGGUUUGAAAGGCUUCUCUGACCCAGCAACAGAACCAAGCAGAUGAGAAAAGAAAUGUUCAGAUGGAAGCAUAUUUUAAACAGCCAUCAGCUGCUUUCCCUGCUCCCUCCUUACCUGUUGGAUUUAGGCAAUAACAGAGUUUACUGCCUCGCCCUGGUGCCGUCAGUGUAAUCCCACAGCAAGGUUAUCAUAAGCUGUCGAAUUUACAGUGUGUGUAACUGAGCCAAGUGUGCAUCUAAAGGAUAUAAAUUUUCUGUCUGCCUAAUUACUAGCACAUUCCCUCUGGUCUUCAAUACUGUUAGACAAAGGAUUUUCAAUUUGGGUUUUUUCCCCCCUGGGGAACAACUUUUUAAAAUAAUAUCAAUCAAAUCUAUUUAACAUUCUGAGGUUUCUUUUUCCUGUCUCCAGAAAACUACAUUUACUUUGUUGGAUUUAAAGACAACUUUACCAUAAAAAACAAGAAAGGGGUGCAUUACUUUUGUCAAAAAUAUGAGGACUCUGGCAAAGCUAAUUUUGGGACAAAUGGAUUUUUAUUUCUCUAUUCCUUAUCUCCUUUUCCUUACCAUUCAGUUACCACCUCAGAAGUCAAAAGUACUGAGAUCUGGAUCAAUGCUAACUUGCCAGAUCAUGUGUGCAAUUAAGAAUAUCCUGAGCGACUGUUGCCAAAGUCACUAAAAAUUGUUCUUUAUCACUGAGCCAGUCAGCAUACAAGACCUCGACUUCCCACCUGGUUCUCUUGGUGAAUAGUUUUGAUUAGAGAUCUAAAUCCAUCAUUUUUCAGGAUAUUCGUUUCAAGGGGUUAAAUCCUUUUCAGUCCUUGACUAUAAUGGAAAGCUCUCCAGGUAUUUGGUAGCAAUUCAGAAUGUGUUAAUAAUAUCUUACUUGUUUUCAUGUAUGUUGAGGUUAAUUAUUCCAGAAGGCAAAUAUUGACCUUAAUUUUGCCUGGUUACAAUUUAUAUUUUGAUUUGAUGAAUCUUGACAUCUGCUGCAAUACAUGGUUAUUAUGUCCCUUGUAUAUCACAUUAUUUUUUGGAGACAAAGGUUGAAGAGAACAUAAGAAAGUUAAUCAUCUCUCUGUGUAAUGCUCUAUGUUGCCUGAAGGAAGAAACGUGGAAAGCAAUGCAUCUGCAAUAGGCUGAAGUUCUGAGAGAGUGAAGUAGAAAUCAGUGUGCAUUUUAUUGCCUUGGUGAUAUUUUAAAUGCCUGGUGUAGGGAUAUUGCAGAGCAGAGAAGCAAUAGUGUUUCUGUGCAGAUUUCUCACUGGCAUGUAGAACAUUGUCUUUAGUUGGAGGCACCAUGGUGCCAGAAGGAUGCUGGCAAACUGGAUCAGGUAUAGAUGGAGCAAUAUAUAUUAAAGAACUGGAUGGGCUGGCUAAUGAGAAGAUUUAAAGGGCUAAAACAUGCCACUGGCUAAGCAAUGACGUGGAAAUUGAGUAUCAUAAUUUUACAAAUAUGUUACUUAAAAGUUGUAAAACCAAAGGUAAAUCCAAGGGUUGUCACUGGUAGCCAAUGCUCUACAUUUAGAAUGGGGCAGAAAAGAUGGAGAGGAAGGGGCAAUGAAUAGUCUUCCAAGCAGAGUUUUGGACAAACUGUUUAGGACAGUCAAACUGUAUUUGGACAAGUCAUCAAAAAAUUUCUGUGAGAGGUGAGUCUGUAGGGACAAGGGGUAGACCAGAUGGCCUUACAGAUUUCUUCCAUCUUUAACUGUUAUUAAUCUGCAGUCUACCCUGAUGUUAACUCCUCAGGAAGAUGCAGUACUUCUUUAAGGACUGGAAUUCACUCUGGUGCAUAGAGUAUCACAAAAUUACUUGUUUUUAAAGUAUCACGUAUGCCAUAUGUAAGCCCUGAAAAAGAGGGGGUAGGAAACACAUGAGAUUAGGGAGUGAGACAAGGGCACAUUUUAUCAUGUAUCUUUGAAUACGUACAUGAAAUUCAUGCAAGCAAGGCUGAAAAUUUGCACCAAUGUAAUAUUUGAGAUUUGCAUCCCAGUGAUGCUCCACUUUGAUCGUUCUUUCUCUUGCAUUUAUAAAUGAAAAAGCUACUGAGGAACUUGAAGGGCCAAAGAGCCUUUGAAGUUAACUACAUUAGUUCAUGAGAGAAUUUCUCAGUAAGACUAAACACAGUAUUGUGUGUAUAAAGCACUAAUAUCCAGGGUUAUUUUGACAUAGUUCACAAGGGGGAAGGGAGAAAAAAAGGAUGCACUGUGUCAGUACAGGUUCAGCAGUAAGGAUUAUGUAUUUUGUGAGUACUUUUGCCCACAGUUGACAGACAUUCAACUUUUUCAUAGGUUUACAAUGGUACCAAAGUAUUUUUUUUUCCUUUUGAGGUUUGCUUUUAAUUCAGUGCACAUAGCCUGGAGUAAAUGAUUCAGAUUUUCUGAAAGAAUAAUCUAAGCAGAACUGUUAACAGGAGAUUGCAUGCAGCAAAUCCAGCCUCAUUUCCAUCCAAGGCACUGAACUUGCAGCUAUUUACUCAUAAAUGUAAGUGUCUGUUCCAUAGUUCCUGUUGUGGGACUGGGGACCUAUUUAUUAAAUCUAAUUUUUGAGCAGAAUCCAGCCCAUAUUAAAGUAUAGUUCUUGAAGCAGUUUACAGAUCAGCAGUAAGGUUCUUCUGUCAAGAUACCCUGCUUUUACAGACACUGCAGGCCAAAUCUUCAGCUUGUAUAAAUUAGUGUGGCUCCAUGAAAGCUCAUUUAAUUGAUGCUAAUUUAUAGUAGGUGGGGAUCAGCCAUGAAAAUCCAGCACGAGUUAACACAUCCUGUAAAGUAGCUUUUUUAUUUUUGUCAUGCUUAUUUCAUGUUUCAAAAGUCUUAAAUAUUUUCAACAUGUUUUUAUUUGUAGCUGUGGAUUGUAUUACUUAUUUAAAAAAGAUGAAUAGGUUUUUUUAGUUUACGCAUCAGUUUUCAUUGCAUAUUGCAUUUUAUUAUCUGUUUGUUCCCUGUUCAUAUGCUCCCAUUUAGCCUCCAGGUUUUCAUUGUAGUACUUUUCUGGCUUGAAAAGUUGGAUCUCUAUAUCUUUAGUUGUAUAAUAUAUUGAGUAUUAUGGAAUUAAAUAUACCUUACUACAUGGGUGGGAGAGAGAGAAAAUAUUUUUACUUGAAGCCUUAAUAUUUUCUUUUUUUACUACUUUGUUUGUUGACCUCAUAGGAAAGUCUGAAUAGCAAAGACUUUGAAACUCCGGGCCAAAUACUGCACUGACAGACAACCAGCAUUUGGCCCCCAUGUCAAAACUGGAUGCAGACAUAACCUGAAGUGAACAAGGGAAAAAGCCUCAGGGUGGCAUAUUUUCCUGAAGAUCAUUACUACAGUCUCAAAACAUGUCUGUAAGCAAGUACAUUAAAGAAGUCUUCAAGUCUUGAAUUUUUAAGGAAGGUGAUAGCAGGAACUGCCCUAAUAUCUUACAUCUGCUAUUUUUUUUUUUAAUUAAGCAAAACAAAUGUAUUUACUCAGUUUGGUUCAGCCAGCUCGGGGGGUUGCACAGAGCUCUGUGUUGGUAGCCAUGUGCAGCACAUGAGCUGUGGGGUGUUGCUGUUCUCAUUCUAACCAAGCGUGAUGUUGUGUCAACUCGGCCCACGAGGAUCCCUCCCGGGCCUGACAGUGCACGUUCCUCAGAUGAUGCCUACUCUCCUACAAGCCUAAUAUGGAAAUUGCAAUGUGGUUUUCUUUGGACUAUAUCUGUGGUCCAGACUAGAGAUAUAUAGAGAGAUAUAUAUAUAGUCAAUAUUUUUUUGUGUGUGUGGGAAAGAUGGGGUCAAGCUUUUCUGUCUCUGACAGUCUGGAAAGUUAAUGUCGAACCGUUUUUAUGGUCUGUAUUUCACCUGUUCUGCCACCUUGAAUUGUUGGAAUGUAUCCGUGCAGGCUUUGUGGAGCUCUGUCUGUAACCUUUUUUGUGGCUCUCGUAAUACAUAUAUAUUUUUUAAACCUUUGGGUCACUUCAGUAUUUUCAAGUGUCUGUUCCUGCCUCAGCUGCAUUCAUUUGCUGAGAUGGUUCAUGGUGCGCUGCCAUUUCUCACUUCCACUUGUGCAAAACCUGAACUGGAAGAGCAGAACUGGAAAGGCCAGUUCCAGUGCAAAGGACAAAACUGACAAAAUAUUAAAAGAAGUGACUGCACAGUAAAUCUCAUUUUCAAGAUGCCUAUGGUAGAGUAGGAGAUAUGGUGAGUCUUUAAAAAGAGUGUCUCCCAGUUGUGACCAAUGAAUCUUGUUUGGGAGGUCACAGCAAGUGGUCCAUGAAACAACACCAAAUGAAGUUUUCUGUACUGUUUCUUUAAGCUGUGGGGUUAAUAGGGAUGCUGUGGUCCAGCACAAUUUGAAUCACUGCCACAGAGUAACUGGAAAAAUUUUUAUAUUGGUAUUUGUUGAAUACAUUCUGUUCAGGUCAUGUGGGUUUAGAAAUCCCAAACAUGCGCAAUUCUUAAUCUGUCUUCAUCUGUCUAUGUGUUUCUAGUCUUUGGAAAUAUGUCCAUUUGAUCUGUCAGACUGUCUUACAACACACACAGCUGCCAAGCCCUGCAGCUGCUGCAGGAUUUCUGAUGCCAUAAUUUGCAUAUAUAGGCUAAUUGCAUUAAGCAAGGAUCCAUUCGAGCAUGUUCAUUAUAAAUGCCAGUCAUAUUUGUGUGCUGUUGUGUCUUCACGUGGCAGAGAUUACCUUUUAUAUAAAAUGGCCCAAACUGUAACCACCAGGCUCAUGGAUGUUGGCUACAUCAAGCAGGAUUAUAUAAGGCCAUGAUCUGUUUCAAUACUUUUUAUUUAAAGAUAUCUUGGCUUACAGGAAUCUCAGCUUUCCUCUCUCUAAGUAAUAUGUAAAUUAUCCAAGUUUGUGUUUCAUUUUUUCAUUGUUGUUAUUUUUCAUUCUGCAGGACAAGUUUAGGUUCACAUUUUGGAGCUUAAUAAGGAGAGACAAAGGAAACUAUUUAUACAGGUGAAUAUGUCUUUUAAAAAGAGAGAAUCAGUUUUACAAUAAAUAGAUUAGAAUUACUGUCAAAAUUGGUUUUGUUCAUCUUGUCACAAUAACUUGAAAUUUAACAUAAGGCUUAUUUCACAGCUGAUAUCUCUAACCCUGAAACAUUUUUAAAUGUUUAAAAACAUUUCAAAUUAUAUGAAGAAAUAUGAUUUACUUUUAGAGAUUAAAACGGUCCUGGAGAAGUGAUGGUACAUUUUACAGUGCCUUAUAUAUAUGUGUAUAUGUUUAUAUGUAUAUAUAUAAUGCCUAUAUGUGUAUAAUAUAUAUGUAAUUGUGUACAUAGAGUCAGGUAAAACUAGUGACAGGUGUCUCUAUCUGAUAUAUUUGAAAUGGAACUGAUCGGUCUUGAUAGAAAAAAAAUGGCUGUAGCAGCACCAAAAUACAAAACCGAAAUUACUUUUAAAAAAUGUAAGCAAAUAA